AUGCGAAAAUCAUUUCACUUGAAAUAUGAUGUAACUCGUGGCCUUCAAUUUGACGAAUUUCGGGAAAUGAUUGAAUCUGAAUAUCAAUCUAAUGCACGUACAAUGCUCGAUCAAAUUCGACAAUUGCAAGACGGUCAAACGACAUGGUUAGCAUCAACAUUUGAAGAGCCAAUGAAACGUGAAUCAAAUCUUGUUUAUGGUGAGUUCAUCGAUGGCAAAUACAAUGUACUCAAUGUCCAAGCAACUCAAGUCAAAGUGCUUGAUGAACGGAAACUGGCGGCUUGUGGUCUUGGAGCUUUAUGCAUGGGCUUAGUAGUGGGUUCACUUUCCACGCCCGUCGGGGGAACAAUUGCCGCUGGAUCAAUACUAGCUGCUAGCGGCGCCAAAGCCGCGUAUGACUAUAAAAAAGGUUUGCCUGACGUUAUCUAUGGAUAUAUUUUCAAAGAACUAAGCGAUAAAGGUGUCAUUACUGGCAGUAAUGGUCGUCUGAAUACUUGA